AUGGAUCCAAAGGAUUAUCGCAAAGUUCAUAAUGCUUUAGAAUCAAUAAUGCAACAUCAUGGAGCUUCAUUAUUUAUCACUGGUAAUGGUGAUCCUACACUCAACACUCUUAGCAACGUUAUGAGUUAUUUGGAAGCAGGUGGAUACAACUCUGCAACAGCAUUUUCUCAAGCUGUUGAUUCUAUAUUUAAUUCUGCAUCAAAAUUAUACGAUGAUGAAUACGCCGAAGACUUCGGAAUUUAUUUCAAGCAAAAGUUUCAUAAUUAUCUUGUAAAGGAUUCUCCAGAUACAGUUGAUGCAUGGUCAAAGCGUGUUGCACAUCUUGAAAAGAAAAUAAGCGAAUUAGUUACUCAAUCUCCAAUUGAUGCAAAUUAUGAUGCUAAAAAAUUUACAAAAGAUCAAAAAAUUGCACAACAACUUACAUCAGAACGCGAUAUGUCACAAUUUCUCAAGGCUAUGUCUCAAAUUAAAGAACAUAACGAGCAAGAAGAGCUAAAGAAAAUUGUUGAAGCAGAACAACCAGAAUUACUUAAAGAUGGACCAUUCUCGCAGAUACCUACAAUGAGACUGAAGCCAAAAACAGUUAAAGCUCUAAUUAAAAAACUAAAGGAAUUUUACAAAGCACAAGGAUUAACCUUUCCAUCUAAUUGA